AUGCACGCCGUGCUUACCUUCGUCGAGACCGCUAUCCUGUCUUUCGCUACCAUCAUAUUGGGCACUCUCAUCCUGUGUGGCUUCUACGCCAUGUUUUUCAAGAUCAUCUUCGACACCCGCGACAGCUUGGGCGGUGAUCAACACAUUCAUCGCGGCCGUAACAGCUCAUCGUACAACAUGGCUGUCGCUGGAGCCGUCCACCAAGCCAACAUACGCCGCGAGACUGAGAUGCGUACUCAGCAGAGCUGCUGA